AAUAAAUCGUCACGUCAGUCGUCAGAUGGUCGGGAAAUGUCUUCCCUUUUAGACUUUAGUCGCUGACUCAUCGGUUAUUUGGAAUUUUUAGUUUCCGUUAAACUCUGUGCCUCAGCCGAUUGAAUGUAAACAAGCAGGCAUUAGUUUAUCUUCUCGACUCGAUUGUUUCUUUAUGGCUGAUUUGUAAUGUGUUUACAAACGCUCGGUAUGUUGUUACCUUGAUGGCUUGGAGCUACUCGUACAUGAGCCUUGAGGCUGGCAUAGCCAUUGUACGUAGUUCCUGCUCGUCUGAAACAUUUGCGCUGCUAUCGAACUAUCUGUCUAGGAUUUCACAUCUCGCAGCGACGGAAUUAUCCUAAAAACUGUGUUGUCAUUCAUUUCUUGAAAUGGUCUGAAUGUGCAAACACGCAAAUCUCUUCCAGAAUUUCAGUGUGCUUAAAAUAAUAUAUUUGUGCGUUGAACGCCAAAAUUAACGGCAGAUGUCUGGAAUCUCUAAUCGGCAAUGCCGCAAUCGUAUCAAAUCGACGUUGCUGAUCGGCUGCAUCUGAUAUUCCUUAGCUGGUUAUUACCGGAAAUUUAGCUCCGACAUGUUGUUUUUAACGCCUCUUCUUUGACUGACGAAGAAGUGCUCACAGACUUGCUAAGUCCAAUGACACCAUGGCCACCAAGUGGACGACGAACUUUGCAGCGCACUCGGUCUCGCAAAACGGCGCUCCUCUGGCCGAUCUCAACCAUGAAAUGUCCCCUUCCUUGGACACGGCCAGCUCCAACGGAAGCUACAGUGGACCAGAGCAGCCGGAGCGUUGGGCAGAUCGUGGCAGUCAGCAGUCGCACCGCCAUCAUCAUCGCGAUCCAGCCAGCGAAGAGUUCUUCAAUUCGCAUCGCUACGACGAUCUCCUGCCGCUCUGCCUCGAUAUCGUGGACGAGCGUAAAGAAAAGGGCAAACGAACGGUGAUGUACACCGUUCGUGUACGAACAGGCCCGUUCAGUGACGCUGCCUACAAGGAUUUUAUGGUGGAAAUUUCCUGUGAUGCCCUGCACCAGCUGGCCGCUGAUCUCAAACGCGAAGGCUAUGCGCCGGGAUGUACUCCGGGACAUUCUCGAACUCGCAAAACCAGCGGAAGAGAGCGCGAAGAAUACCAUCACGAGACCGUUGAACCGACCGCUUCACCCUGUCCAUCUCCGGUGCCUAGUUUGGCCAGUGAUCAGUCGUCCGCGUCCAGUGUCGCCGGGGAACUGGAUGUGCUGACAGCACUGCCGACCAAUAUGGCAACAAUGGCUUCGACAAAGCCGGCCAUCAAUGCUAGGCGCACCUAUUGGCAGGAAUUUCUGCAGUCGAUCUGCACUAGCCUUUUGGCUUGUACCAACCCCUCCCUGCGCUAUCUCUUAUUUCCGAAGUUGGGUUUGACCGAUUGGCAUGGUUUAGCUAUGCAACAUGCGAAGAUGGUACUAAACAGCGAAGGAAUAUGGGAGAUCGAUGAGCGAUUGCCAUGCAUUGGCUGGCGGUUUGCCAAACAUUACGCUAUUGUCAGAGAAAGCCUGAACCGGGAUUCCAAACUGAUGAUGAGCUGGACCUUCGUGAACCGGAAAUACUCGCACGUGGAAGUGAAAGAGCGCCAGGAAGCGUUGAAGCAGCUGCAGGUUUUACACCUACAGCAUCCAUUGAUAUUUCCUAUCGUUUAUGAAAGUUUUCAUGAAGCGGGGUGCCUGAUUAUGGAACCCAUCUGCUCCGGUGGUUCGCUGAAGGAUCGCAUUUAUAAAUCUCGGUUUACCAAACAUUUUCACAAAAAGUAUAUACGUUGCCACGAACGCCGGCCGUUUAGUUUGGAUGAAGUGCGUACAUAUGGUCGACAGAUUUUGGAGGCUUUGAAUGUUAUCCACGAAGCCGGCAUACCUUAUGGAAAUCUGCACGCUCGUAAUGUAAUGCUGGAAAGGGGCACAUGUCGUCUGGCCGGUCUUCACAACUCCAUUAUUGGCCUUCCUGCCUAUUAUCGCCCGUAUCUUGUACAACUUCCAAAAAUCUCGAUGUUUCCGUCUAUUGAUGUGUACUGUUUUGGGAGGAUUUUAUAUGAAAUGACCUUUGGAGAAGGUCUGGAUGCACCGUGCAUUGAAUCUCUGCCGCCUGAGUGUCCGUCCGAUGUUCAGUCCAUUCUCAAUCUUUUGAUCACUACCGAGGCGUGCUUUGUUAAGGGCAUGCCAACUGUAAAAUUUCUCCUCUCAAUUCCGUUCUUCAGCUCGGUGACCAUGCAAGUGGAAUGUCCGCCCAUUCGGCUAACAAGCAAAGUGGUCGGAUUCUGUCGUGGGCUGGCCGAACGCAUUGAAAAGCGUCUGAGUGAAGGCGAAAAAACAUUCCAUAAUACGGUUGUGAAAGACGGUCCCUUUUUCCGGCCAAUUAGUCCAGUUUUGGGACGCGUGAGAAAAAGUGGAAGCAUACAGGUGAUACGUAGAUUUUUCUCUCCCUCCCAUAAGAAACACCGGAGUCCUUCGAUGGGCUGCUUUGCUUUAGCAUCCGCUAGUGCACAGGAUACCGGAUCCGAGUCAGCUUCGGACGUGGAAGAUGCCCAGGCGCUGGCCUUGCGAGCCAAACAGACACGCAGUCGCAGUUUGGACAUGCAUGCGCACAAAUCCGCGGCCCUCGUGGUGCCAGUCUCCCCUUCUCAAGAUGUCAGUCACGCUGCCGUUCCCAGUGUUUGAUUCCCACUGAUCAUCAUCAUUAUUUAUUUCCUUUUCGCUUAAAUGCGUUGGCUCCUGUCACAGAGCGCAGCAUUCAAGAACUUGCGUUUAAUCUUUAAGUUCCUCUGGUUUGAUCUGAUCGUCCUGGAAUUUGCCUAUGAUCCCGUGAAUGUGAUCACUUAGACCGGCCGAUAAAAGUAUGGAUCGUCUGUAAAGAGUGGGCUAAAUUGUUGAGUAGCAUGGUGCUGCGUGUCCGUGACGCUGUUUUUUUCCGCAGUACUCUGUAUGCGUGCGGCAUUAUCUGCCAUCAUCCGAGUUUGGUUUCCCUCAUACGCACUUUUGAUUUCUGCGCGAAACUUGUUCACGGUUCACAAGUAUCGGUUGAUGUACAGUACUUAUAAGUCUCCAUUUUAUUUUUGUUGACAGCAUCAGACCCAGUGUCGCUUUGUUCAAGUCUGACGGUUAACUGAAUAUAACGUACCUUCAGCUUGAUUCUGCUUUUAUUUUUGACAUGUCCCUGUGAUGCUUUUGAACGGAGUUUGUCUAGCCGGCACAACAGAUCGCUAAGGUUCGGCCGUGAAAAAAAAAUCUUGAUGAUAGUUAUUACCGGCCGAAACCAAUUAAACAAUGGAUUUAAA